AUGGGCACUGUCUCCUGGACGGCCGUUGCCAGAGCGGACAUGUACCUAGCAACUGCCACAGGUAACGACGGACACACCCACACCUGCAGCUCCAACUCCACUGACUGUUCCUUCACCGACCUGCACUGCUCCGAGACCUACGCUGUCACCGUGGUUACCAUCGACAGGGGCUGCCAUAGCGACCCCAGCCCUGACUGUGAUGGCAACAUGGGCACUCUCUCCUGGACGGCCGUUGCCAGAGCGGACAUGUACCUAGCAACUGCCACAGGUAACGACGGACACACCCACACCUGCAGCUCCAACUCCACUGACUGUUCCUUCACCGACCUGCACUGCUCCGAGACCUACGCUGUCACCGUGGUUACCAUCGACAGGGGCUGCCAUAGCGACCCCAGCCCUGACGUUGAAGUCAGAACAGGUUUUUGUCCCCCCACCAAUGUUUCAACGUCUCUGCAGUGUGAUGGCAACAUGGGCACUGUCACCUGGUCGGCCGUUGCCAGGGCGGACAUGUACCUAGCAACCGCCACAGGUGACGACGGACACACCCACACCUGCAGCUCCAACUCCACUGACUGUUCCUUCACCGACCUGCACUGCUCCGAGACCUACGCUGUCACCGUGGUUACCAUCGACAGGGGCUGCCAUAGCGACCCCAGCCCUGACGUUGAACUCAGAACAGGUUUUUGUCCCCCCACCAAUGUUUCAACGUCUCUGCAGUGUGAUGGCAACAUGGGCACUGUCUCCUGGACGGCCGUUGCCAGAGCGGACAUGUACCUAGCAACUGCCACAGGUAACGACGGACACACCCACACCUGCAGCUCCAACUCCACUGACUGUUCCUUCACCGACCUGCACUGCUCCGAGACCUACGCUGUCACCGUGGUUACCAUCGACAGGGGCUGCCAUAGCGACCCCAGCCCUGACGUUGAACUCAGAACAGGUUUUUGUCCCCCCACCAAUGUUUCAACGUCUCUGCAGUGUGAUGGCAACAUGGGCACUGUCUCCUGGACGGCCGUUGCCAGGGCGGACAUGUACCUAGCAACUGCCACAGGUAACGACGGACACACCCACACCUGCAGCUCCAACUCCACUGACUGUUCCUUCACCGACCUGCACUGCUCCGAGACCUACGCUGUCACCGUGGUUACCAUCGACAGGGGCUGCCAUAGCGACCCCAGCCCUGACGUUGAACUCAGAACAGGGGCUGCCAUAGCGACCCCCAGCCCUGACGUUGAAGUCAGAACAGUUUUUUGUCCCCCCACCAAUGUUUCAACGUCUCUGCAGUGUGAUGGCAACAUGGGCACUGUCUCCUGGACGGCCGUUGCCAGAGCGGACAUGUACCUAGCAACUGCCACAGGUAACGACGGACACACCCACACCUGCAGCUCCAACUCCACUGACUGUUCCUUCACCGACCUGCACUGCUCCGAGACCUACGCUGUCACCGUGGUUACCAUCGACAGGGGCUGCCAUAGCGACCCCAGCCCUGACGUUGAAGUCAGAACAGUUUUUUGUCCCCCCACCAAUGUUUCAACGUCUCUGCAGUGUGAUGGCAACAUGGGCACUGUCUCCUGGACGGCCGUUGCCAGGGCGGACAUGUACCUAGCAACUGCCACAGGUAACGAUGGACACACCCACACCUGCAGCUCCAACUCCACUGACUGUUCCUUCACCGAUCUGCACUGCUCCGAGGCCUACGCUGUCACCGUGGUUACCAUCGACAGGGGCUGCCAUAGCGACCCCAGCCCUGACGUUGAACUCAGAACAGUUUUUUGUCCCCCCACCAAUGUUUCAACAUCUCUGCAGUGUGAUGGCAACAUGGGCACUGUCUCCUGGACGGCCGUUGCCAGGGCGGACAUGUACCUAGCAACUGCCACAGGUAACGACGGACACACCCACACCUGCAGCUCCAACUCCACUGACUGUUCCUUCACCGAUCUGCACUGCUCCGAGGCCUACGCUGUCACCGUGGUUACCAUCGACAGGGGCUGCCAUAGCGACCCCAGCCCUGACGUUGAACUCAGAACAGGUUUUUGUCCCCCCACCAAUGUUUCAACGUCUCUGCAGUGUGAUGGCAACAUGGGCACUGUCUCCUGGACGGCCGUUGCCAGGGCGGACAUGUACUUAGCAACCGCCACAGGUAAAGACGGACACACCCACACCUGCAUCUCCAACUCCACCGACUGUUCCUUCACCGACCUGCACUGCUCCGAGACCUACGCUGUCAACGUGGUUACCAUCGACAGGGGCUGCCAUAGCGACCCCAGCCCUGACGUUGAACUCAGAACAGCCCUGUGUCCACCCAUCCAGCUGGAGGGCAUAGUGUCCUGUUCUACCAACAUCCUGUCCCUGACCUGGGAUGCCAGCCCAGUGUACGGGGCCAAAUACACCUUACACUCCCAGAAGAUAGGGGGCGCUAACACCACCACCUCAUACCCCACCUCUGACACCUCCCUCUUCAUCACCGGCCUGCAGUGCGGGGAACACUACGCAUUCCAGGUCGUCACUAGCGAUGGGAACUGCAACAGCAGUCUUAGCCGGCCACUGGAGAUGGAUACAGCUCCAUGCCAGCCAACCCACCUGGCAGCGCGUGUGGACUGUGGAACCAACCGAGGCAAGAUCUCUUGGUUCGAAAGCCUCGGCGCCUCUUACUACAUCGCCGAGGUGACGGGCGGCCAUGGGCACGUGGCUUCUUGUACCUCCAAUGAUACUUCCUGUGCGGUGAAACUGCACUGCGGGCAGACGUACUCGGCUAUACUGGUCGCCUCCACUGACUCCUGCAACAGUACUCUGCACGCCGCCAUUGAAUUUGACUCAGCCCCCUGUCUGCCUGAGAACGUGGUGGCAGAGCUGAACUGUAACUCCAACGUGUUAGCGGUGCAGUGGCAGCAGACCCCUGGAGAUGGAGACGACACCUACACAGCCCUGGUCAUCGGCAGUGACGGCUACCAGGCCUCCUGUAACUCCACCUCUAACUCCUGCAGCAUCUUCAAUCUGCAGUGUGGCCAGACCUACGAGGUGGCUGUCACCUCCUCCUCCAUCAACUGUUCCAUCAUCGCUGGAUCAGACUACCAGGUUCAGUCGGCCCCCUGUAAGCCCCAGAAUACCACGGUGGACCUGGAGUGCAGCGCCAACGUCGCCACAGUGAUCUGGGACCUGACCAGCACAGCUCAGAACUACACGGUGACGGCGACGGACGUGUCAGGCACCAACACCAGCUGCAGCACCAACGAGACCAGCUGCUCCUUCUCUGAGCUGAGUUGUGGCGAGAUGUACACCUUCAGCGUCGUGGGCCACACCAACGUGUGUAUGAGCGAGGUCAGCUCUCCCAUGCAGAUGCUCACAGCUCCUUGCGUGCCCACUAACAUUGCCUCCAGUCUAGACUGUGGUACAGGGUUGGCCCUCAUCACUUGGAACAGUGCCGUGGGAGCUACAGCCUACACCGUGCAGGCGGAGGGUAACCAUGGUCACAACUCCUCCUGCAGCGACACAGGCACACAAUGUUCCCUUAAAAACCUGGUAUGCGGGCAGGAAUACUCUGUCGUUGUUGUAGCAAUGCACACCGGUUGUCCUGGUCCAGGCAGUCAGGCUGUAACGUUCACUACAGCUCCCUGCCCUCCUCAAUCUGUGGAAACCCAACUGGACUGCCUGUCUGGAAGGUUGAAUGUUGCCUGGCAACCGAGCGUCGGGGCGACCCGCUACCACGCCACGGUGCAAGAAGGAAGUAACGUCAUGAUGUGCGACACCAAUACAACUUCCUGUGUCGUCCCCAAUCUGAGCUGUGGAAACGCCUACAACAUUACCGUGGUAGCACAGGGCCAAUCCUGCAACAGCUCCCACAGCGCAGCCAAUGAGAUUUCAACAGCACCCUGCCCCCCCACCUCCCUCUCAGCCACCGUGGACUGCUCCACCAACAUCGCUAUGGUCACCUGGGACUCCCAGAAUGCACUGGGGGUGGCGUACAGAGCCCAGGCAUUGGACGUGCAGCGUAGUUCAGUAGACUGUAACACCACAGACUCUAACUGUGCUCUGACUAGGCUGCAGUGUGGCAGUGAGUACAACGUCACUGUCACAGCCUCAAAGGACAACUGCUGGAGCAUCCCAAGCCUGACGUUUACCUUCACUACAGCGCCCUGUGUGCCCCUCCUCUCUGAUGUCCAGCUGCUUUGCUCCUCUGACUCCGCCUCUAUCACCUGGGCAACGGCUGCAGGGGCGGAGCUGUAUGAAGUCACAGCGGAGGACGGCCAGGGCGGGAGCCUGCAGUGUAACUCCAGUGAUGUCACUUCCUGCCAGGUGUCCAGCCUGCAGUGUGGACAGCAAUAUGUUUUCAGUGUGACCGCCUUGGACAGGCUGUGUGCGAGCGCUCCCAGCGCUAUGAUACAGUCAAUGACAGCCCCUUGUCCUCCCCAGAAUAUCCACACCUCAGUGGGCUGUGAGAACCGCACCGCCUGCAUUAGCUGGACCCACAGCCAGGGGGCGCUGUCUUAUACAGCUAGACUACACACGGCUGGUGGUGAGGCAGCUUCCUGCUCCUCCAACACCACCGGCUGUGACAUCACCUCCCUUCCCUGCGGAGAGACGUACACAGUGACAGUGGCUGCAGAGGGACAUACCUGCAACAGCUCCCAAAGCUCGGAAUCCCCUAUCAAGACAGCUCCAUGUGUGCCCUCUGCUCCCAUGGCCAACUUGAGCUGCAGCACCAACAUGGCCGCCAUGACCUGGAACAGCAGCCUGGGAGCCGACCUUUACUCUGUAGAAGCCAAUAGUAGUGCAGGUCACUCUGCCAACUGCCAAUCAGCAGGCCUGAGUUGUGAACUGACGUCCUUACAGUGUGGCCAGACAUACACGGUCACAGUGACAGCUCAGGACAGCACCUGCACCAGCGCUAGCAGCCAGUCAGCGGAAGUCAAGACAGUUCCCUGCAUGCCCACGGGUGUCAAGACCGAUUCUGACUGCCUGUCCAAUGCUGUGACCGCUUCCUGGUUUGCGAGUGACGGUUCAGAGUACUAUAUCGCCACGUUGGAGGAUGGUAACGGCAUGUCUACCACGUGUAAGUCGGUGGGGACGCAGUGUACCGUCGCGGGGCUCCAGUGUGGACAGGUCUACCAUGUGACUGUAGCUGGGUCAGACGACAAGUGCACCAGCCCACAGAGCGUUGACACCCAUACACACUCAGUGCCUUGCCUGCCCAGCUCCCUCCAGGCCAUCAUGGACUGCGAGGCGGUCUCCGCCACCGUAUCCUGGCAACCCAGCGCCGGCACCUUGUCCUACGUCACCAUGGUAAUGGCCGGGUCAGGCCACAACGCUAGCUGUGCCACUAAGCACACCAACUGUGAGAUGAGUGUUCUGGAAUGUGGGGAGGACUACACUGUGACUGUGAGGGCUCUGGGAGAGAGCUGCAGUAGUGUGGCACAGAUGGCAGGACACCUCACCACAGAGCCCUGUGUGCCCAUGCAUCUCAGUGUGUCCUACAGCCUGUCCAUCGCUCAGCUGUUCUGGGACACUGCUAAAGGUGCCACCUCCUACUCUGCCCAGGCCAUCACUGACCAGGGCCUGACGGUCAGCUGUCACACCAACGACACCAACUGUGCCCUGCCCGCCAUGGCCUGCGGUCAGCUGUACAAUGUCACUGUCUCUGCUAGCAACAGCGCCUGUAACAACAGUGUCACCUCCAAGCCCUACACCAUGAUGACAGAGCCCUGUACGCCCACCAACGUGCAGGCCAGUAUGGACUGCAACACUCUGACAGGUUCCGUCUCCUGGGAAGCGAGUGACAUUGCCGUGGGUUACGCCGUUGUCCUGGAAGGCCAGGAUGGCCACUCCACCAACUGUCUCACCACGGCAACCAGCUGUGACAUGGGAGGGCUGAAGUGCGGCACGGUGUACUACGUUUAUGUCAGAGCCCUGGGAGUUCAGUUUAACAGUUCAGUCUCCUCUGGAGUUGGUCUUUCACCAGCCCCAUGUCUACCCAGCAGUGUGCAGGCCCAGGUGGACUGUGGGAGCGAUGGCGCCGCCCUGCUGUCCUGGAGCUACACUGACGGAGCCAACAACUACACCCUGUCUGCCAUGGGGGUGGGGGGCGAUGCGGCCUCCUGCACUACCGAGCAGAACCAGUGUAAUGUCACGGGUCUAUCCUGCGGAGGGCGGUAUAACAUCACACUCACCGCCACCAACCAGGAGUGUCAGAUCACUGUCCCCAUCAACGCCAGCUUCGACACACGUCCGUGCUCCCCCCAGCAUGUUGCUGUAGACCUGACGUGUGGCACCCAGAUAGCCGACCUGUCCUGGGAGGAGAGGUCAGAGGUGGAGCUGUAUGAGUCUAUCGCCACCAGGUGGUCAGAUGGGGCAGUGCAGCACUGUAACUCCACUGGCUCUACCUGUCAGUUCACUGACCUGGCCUGUGGAGCAACCUACAGCUUCACUGUGACCGCACGUAGCAACGGCUGUCACAGCCCGCCCAGCAACACUGUUCAGAUCAACACAGUGCCAUGUGUGCCAUCUCUGGUGGAGGGAAGAGUCGACUGUGUGAGUGGUGACGUGUCAGUGACCUGGAAGCAUAGCAAUGGAGCCACUGCCUACACCGCCAUCGCCCAGGGCAACGAGGGCUACGCGUUCUCCUGCAACACCAGUGGGACGGUGUGUGUGUUCAAUGACCUGCUCUGUGGACACACCUACAGCGUCACCGUCAGCGCUGCCGACAACACCUGCUCCAGUGCCUACAGCAGCCCCAUCACCGUGGAGACAGAACCCUGUGAGCCCCAGAAUGUCAGUGCUCACUUGGACUGCCAUAGCAACGAGGGCGUGGUCUCCUGGGAGAUUAGUGACAGGGUGACAUCACACCUUGUUACGGCAGUUGGCCCUGACGGACACCGUCUCAGCUGCAACAGCACCUCCUCGUCCUGCACACUACCCACCAUGCACUGCGGCCAGCGCUACAACCUCACCGUCACCGCCCUGGAAGGCGUCUGCGACAACAGUCGUUCACAACUCACCCUGCCGUCAGGGCCCUGUGCUCCGGGUAACCUGCAGACUAGCUUCCAGUGCAGCACCAACUCUACCUCAGUGACCUGGGAUAGAGGCAGUGGAGCCCUCUCCUAUAUGGUUGUAGGAGAGGCUACCAAUGGCCACAUUACCUCUUGGAACUCUAGCACCACGGACAGUGAUCUGGAGGGAUUGCAGUGUGGCCAGAUGUACAAUGUCUCAGUCCACUCUAUGGAUGGAGUCUGUAGGAGCAUUCAGAGUGUCAGCUCAGACGUGCAAACGGCCCCCUGCCCGCCCCAGAAUGUGGAUGCCGAGGUAUACUGUGCCUCAGGCAUCAUGUUGGUGACCUGGGACCCCAACAUGGAUGUCCAGUUCUUCCUGGUGGAUGCAGUGACAAAGGGAGGGAGAAGCCACUCCUGCAACACUACAGACACCCAGUGCUUCAUCACCAGUCUGCCCUGUGGAGAGAGCUUCUCUGUCCAGGUCACCGCUGCCAGAGGAGGCUGCCACAGCCUGCCCAGUCAGGCCCUCAACAUCUCAUCAGCCCCGUGCAUGCCCACGGGGGUGAACGGUAGCCAGGACUGUGUGACCAACAAUGCCUGGGUGUCCUGGGCCCCUGCCCUGGGGGUGGACAGAUACAUGGUGACCGCUAACGGCGUGGGGGGGUACAACUCCUCCUGCUCCACCCAUGGCUCUGACACCACCUGUGAGGUGCCUGACCUGGCCUGCGGGGUGCGCUACAACUUCUCGGUUACUGCUAGCAACGGACAGUGUGAUAGUCCACCCAGUGCGACCUUCGACCUCGAGACACCUCCCUGCGCCCUGGCCAGCAUCACCGCCUUCGCCCAGUGUCAUAACUCCUCCAUCCUGGUCCUGUGGGAGCCCAUGGUGGGCAGCGUGGGAAACCCUGUGUACAUCGCCACGGCGGAGGCCAGCGACCGCAGCGUGCUGACCUGUAACAGCUCUGCCAGCAGCUGUGACCUGGAGGGGGCGCGCUGUGGCCUGCACUACACUGUCAUCGUAGCGGCAUCAUCAGACAGCUGCACCAGCCAGAGGAGUCCUCCUUAUAGGAUCAGCAUGGAACCAUGCCCCCCCCAGGGUGUGGUCAUCAGCUCCCCCUGUGAGUCCCACGGAGCUCACGUGUCCUGGACCACGUCCCCUGUGGCCGAGACCUACCUCAUGACCGCAACGGGUGGAAACGGGGACGUGCGGUCCUGCAAAACGACCGCCAACAACUGCUCCCUGUCUGAGCUGCAGUGUGGUCAGCAGUACGCUAUCUGUGUGACCGCCAGCCACGAGAACUGCUCCAGUGGCGCCAGUCAGAACGUCACCUUCAAUACAGUGCCCUGCCAGCCAGAAGGUCUGUCCGUGUUGGUCCAGUGUGCCAACCACUCUGCGUUGCUGUCGUGGACAGUCAGAGGUGGCGUUGUGGACUACAGGGGCUGUGGCCAGGCUGAGGAUGGCACCAUGCUUUACUGUGAGAGCACAGGGGCUUCCUGUACCAUCGGAGGGUUGGAGUGUGGUGCCCAGUACAACUUCUCUGUUCAGGCCUCAGACGGGACCUGCAACAGCUCCUUCAGUGAGCCUCUGCUGGCCGGAGCAGCUCCCUGUCCCCCAGAGACCAUGGCAGUGACCAUGUUCCCCAUGCAGAACCAGACCCAGUUUUUGCGUGCUUCCUGGACCCAUGUGACCUGUCCCAACGUCCAAUACCUGCUGGAGGUGACCGGAAGCAUCCUGGGAGACAGCCAAUCCCAGUUCGAGCUGUCUUCCUAUUGGACCAGCUCCAGCUUCUUCGAGCUGCUCCUCCCCUGUGGCUCGUCCUAUAGCGCGACAGUGAGGAGCAGGAACUUUGCAGGCGACAGCGCCCCCUCUGCAGCCAUCACUGGAACCACAGCCCCUUGCCCUCCACCGGUGGUGACCUACAGUGGUUCCAUCUCCUCGGCCACCAUCUCGUGGAAUGCAUCCGUCUACGCCACCAUGUAUACGGUGUAUGACAUCAGUGGCGCGGUGCGGAACCAGGUGUGCAGCACGGUACAGCUGUCCUGUUCCCUGGCCAACCUCAACUACAACAACCUGGAGGUCACCGCUAGCAACACGGCCGGGGAGAGCGACCCCACCAGGGAAAUAACAGUGCAUCACUUGAGGAGAAGGAGAGAUCUCAGUGAAGAAGAGAUGAUCUCAGAGACGAGUCUGUCCAAGCCCGUGGUGCGGGUCACCGUGGAAACCCCCAACGUCCUCCUGGUGGAGUGGUCCCCCGUGAAGGGGGCCGCCUACUACAACCUAGUGGUGCGAGAGCAGAGUUCUCGCCCCCGCCACGCCAGCCGCCCCCAGAUACUGACCGUGUACGGCGAGAGCUCCAUCGUCGCCAACCUCAAACCUUCCUCCACAUACUGCUUAUCCGCGUCGGCCCACACUGAGGACAGGGAGGGGCCCUACUCAGAGCCUGUGUGUGUGGAGACUGUGGCCCCUGCAGUCAAGAUGUGAAGGGGGGUUCUGGAGUGAAGCAGAGGCAUGGGCAGAGACAUUAAUUUAUCUUAAUAUUUAUAUAUGGCUCUGGUCAUGGGUAUCACAGAACAAGAAUGUAAUACUUAUCAAUCUCCAGAUGUUUUGGUGCCAACAUGGGCACAGCAACCCACAAGCAAUUUUUGAAUCUCAAAUCAUUCUGCCUUAUUCUGUAAAACGAAGGUCUCCUUUGGGAAAGUGGUCUUCUAACCUCAGAGGGACUUCCUGGUUCAAUACGAAAGCUACAGUAUGUCUCUGGUCGGCAUAACAAGGCCGCUGGCAGUAUGUAUUGUAUUGUCACUGAAUGCUAUAGCUCAGUGUUUCCCAACCCUGGUCCUCCAGUAACCCCAACAGUACACAUUUUUAUUGUAACCCCGGACAAGCACAACUGAUUUAACUCAUUGAGGACCUGAUGAUUAGUUGACUAGUUGAAUCAGUUGUGUUUGUCCGGGGCUACAAUAAAACUGUACUGUUGGGGGUACUGGAGGACCGGAGUUGGGAAACACUGCUAUAGCUGACCGUAACUUUUUCUAAAAUGUCAGCGGUUUUUUUUAAGGUUUGGGGUAGCUCUGUCUGCGGUGUGAUGGUUGAGAUAUGUGAUCCAAAGUGGUCAUUUCCUAUCUCUUUUCCUGUUGUAUCAAGUAGUAUAAAAUAUUUGUAUGACUUGUGAGAAACGACCUAUGAAGUAUACUAUUCCUAAAUCAUCAUCAUCCUUGCUGAAGUUGUGAAAUCAAAGCUCAAACAUGUAUUUCUAGUUUUUGUAUAAUUUUUACAAUACCUUCGACAAGUUAUUUUUAAUGACUUGCUUUAUAUGCAUCUUUCCUUUUUAUUACAUAUAUAUAUAUAUACUGAACAAAAAUAUAAAACGCAACAUACAACAAUUUCAAAGAUUUUG